GGAAUUAUGGACCCUACAUUUGCUAAAAACGACUAAGCGAGGUGAGAACGUAAACAACUGCAAGCGUUGUGGACAAGCUAGAAGCACGACAGGUGCUGAUAAAUAUGGAUUGACAGAGGAAAAAGACUUAAAUGUCUCAUGAUUUGGACUCCUGUUCUAAUAUUGUGAACAGGUUGUCUUAAGAAAACAACAUGAAUGAGGAUAAGGAAGAGAAUGCUUCAAAUGCUUCUUUGGGGACUUCCAGUAAAGGUAAAGAUCGUCCUCCUAGGAAUAGAUUCAAGGAAUCUAUAGAAAAUCUCCUGCGAUCAUCCGAUGCUCGUCUUCAGAAAAAUGCACAAAGCGAAAGAGAUCCGGGGCUGCCCCCCAGGAGAAGUAAAACUAAUUUAUUACCACGUUUUGAUAUGGCUGAUGAGAAAGAAGAUAACACAGCAAGUAAUUCAGUAGCAGAUCAAUCGGAAGCAAGUGGAACAACCAGCAGGACUGAUGUAAACUCUCAGAAAAAUCUGUCAAAUAUAGGGGUACCUUUGUCAAAGCAGCCAAGGCUAGAAAUGGGGAAAACAGGUUCACCAUCAGAAAAUAGUGAUUUAACUCCAAGAAGAAAUGAAAGAAUUUAUGGUACAGCUGGCAGUUUGAGAAGUACUCCAAGCAACAUGUUGGAUGAGGACCUUACUUCUGAAAGGAGUUUUGGCAGCAGCAGAGCAUACACACCAAGAAAAAGACUCAAUUCCAUUCUGGGUGGAAAUGUGAGCCCAGAACUCCGCUCUUAUAUUAUAGAAAAGGAAGUAGUAGAAAGUCAACACAGAAAGUUACAAGUUGAAGUUACCAGUUUACAGACUGAAAACAAGCUGCUGAAAGAAAAAUAUAAUAGAGCUACAGCACAAAUAGUGAACCUGGAAAGACAGCUUGCUGAUGCCCAGCACAGAGUGGAACAAACAGAAGAUGACCUGAGUGCAGAAAUGUCCUCUAUUAGAAAAAAGUCCAGAACAGAAGCAGACUCUGAAAAGCAAGACCUGCUGAAGCAAAUUGCCAAUCUCACAAAGGAAAAUGAAAUUCUCACAGCUGAGAAUUCUUCUCUUGAAAAACAACUGGAUGCUGCAAGGAGAACCUCUGAUAUAGUUAGACAAGCUUCUGAUAAGUCCAAGAUUGUGGCUGCAUACAAGGCAGAGUCUGCUUCUUUACGGGAGGAACUUAGUAAAGUCAAAUCGUUGCUUAGUCAGAGUGAUAAACAAAGGAGAGAUGAUGAGGAAAAAAGGAAAGAAAGUCUGCAGCAAAUUGCCAAGCUGACAGAAAUGAACAACUUACUAAAACAACAGUUAGAAUUGGGCGGCAGUGCCUUGGUGGCAGAAAAACAGGUAAAGUCUCUAGAUGUGCGUCUCAAAGUAACAGAAGAACGUCUGCAACAAGAGAGGGCAGACCGUUCGGUUAAGCUGUCUGAGGUGGAAGAUAAACUCCUCAAGGAAAAUGCUAAGUUCCAGGUUGCUGCAAAGGAGGCUAAGAGGCAGUUGCAUAGAGAAAAAGAGAAGGUCAAACAUUUAGAACAAAAACUGUCUUCUCUGAAAGAUCAGUUAAAACAGUAUGGGUCUGGUGAUGAGUAUGGUUCACCAUCAAGAACAAGUCCUAGCAAAAAAGAUGAAAGUAUUCUGUAUUAUGACCAGUCACCUGAAGUGGAACACCAGAAGGACCUUUCUGUUGAAAAGAAACUCUAUGAGGACAAGUUCAAGAGACUGACUGAGGAGUUGGAUGAUAAAACCAAGGAAAUGCAGGAGCUGGAAAUGACUUUAAAGCUUCAGAUCAACAGUUUGGUAAAAGAAAAACACGAAACUAUCACAAAAGUAAGACACCUGGAGGACCAAGUAGCUGGCCUGCAAGCUGAAAAUACUUCUCUAAAGGCUGGUCUGGACAGUGGCGUCUCAAUGGCUGCCAAUGCUGAUAGUGUGGGGUCUGUGCACUAUGAAGUUCAAAUAGAAACUUUAAAAGGUGAAAUCAAAAUCCUAGAAGGGAAGAUAGCACAACAGCAGCGGAACAUUAAGCUUUUGGAGGCUGAAAAAGAAACCAUCGUCACACAGUUAGAUACCAAAGAGCAUUCUCUAGAAGAAGCACUGCGAGAGCUUGAAAAUUAUGGUGCGCAGCAAGAACAUGGAGAGUCAGACAGGAAGCAGCAAAAAAUUGAUAGACUAACAGCUGAGAAUCACAGCAUCCAGUCUGAGCUGCGUGAGUGGCAGAUGAAGCACCGGCAUUUAACAGCAGAGAAGCAGCAGAUGCAGGACCAGAUGGACAAGUUGAAGAAAGAAUUAACUAGAUUAAAACAGAAUUGGGAGAACCAGACUGCAGAACAUGCAGAAUCUUUUAAACUUGAGCUCCAGAGUGAGAUUCAUGAAAAAGAAAUGCAAAUCCUGAGCCUCAAGUCUCAGUUCAUGCAGAAUGAAGAUGAACUACAGAUGACCAGGCAGGAACUGAUCCUGGAGCAAGAAAAUUUGAUACAUCUGAAAAAAGAGGUGGAAAAUCUACAGUCCUUGCUACACCAGGAGAAAGAACAAAACAAACUGCUGCACAAUCAAGAAAGUGAUUUACAGGCUGAGAUUAAAGCACUCAAAGAUAACUUAAAAUGGAGCAAUAAGGAAUUAAAUGAAAAGUCUAGAGAGGUGGUCACUGAAAUGGAGACACUUAAACAUUUGCUUGAAUCAAAGGAGGCCAGGAUUGAGAAACUUUCAGCUACAAUAAGCCAUCAAAAACAGGACUUGGAUUCCCAGAAUAGGCAGAUUGAGAGGCUGAAAGAAGAGAGUGCCAGCAAGACUGAGGAGAUUGAGAAACUUACAUUUGGGAUGGAACAGAAGGCCCUGGAAAUGUCAUCUGCAACUGAAGUGAGCCAGUAUCUCACCAAUGAGAGGACUAAAAUUCAGAUGGAAAAAUAUGAGGUGGAGAAGAAGCUUGCCAAACAAAUUGAGAUGCUUGAGGAAAAGAGACUGGAGAUAGGAGAACUAACAAGAAAGCUUGAGACGGAAGAAGACAGACACAGUAUGACUGAAGAGAUGCUCAAAGAGAAAGAGAAUCAUAUUGUGAGUUUGGAGACAGAUAUGCAUCGUCUGCGCAAGAAAGUGUCCCAGUUGGAAGAAGAAACCAGGCAGCUGCAGGAAGAAAGUAAAAAGUGGAAUACAAUUAGUUCUGGUUUGGAAAAAAGACUAACAGCUGCCAAAUUAGAGGUUGCUGAAGCAAAGAGUGCAUCCAAUCAGUUGGGACAAGAAUAUGGCAUGGCCUCCAAGCAACUUGAUUUAGUUAAACAGGAAUAUGAAUUUGCAGUUGUAACCCUAGAAACAGAGAAAAGUGCUGCUGGAAAGCUCAGGGAACAGAUUAGGGCUGAUGAAAAUAAGAUCAGUAGAUUGGAAGAGGAGUUGAGGGUUUCACAUGAAAGAGUUGAUAAAUUAAAUGGUCAGUUGUCGGCUAGCCAGGACAUGGUAGAACAGUUGAAAGGAGACAAGCAAAGUUUAUAUUCAGAUUUGCAAGAACUGUGUCACAAAUUAUCAGAGAAAGAUGAAUUAAUUGGUCAGUUGCAAGAGAAGUGCUCUGAGACAGUUGAAACAGUACAUAAUGAAUAUGCAAUGGAGAAGGUGAAGAUAUCUAGGCAAAAGGAAUCUGUAGAAGAAGAACUAAAAAGAACAAAAAUGGAGCUGAAGGCGUUAAAGGAACAGCUCAAGCAGAAGGAUAUUCAGAUGAAUACUUAUGGUAGAACCCUACUAGACCUGGAGGGAGAAACUAAAGCCAGGCAACAGCUGGAAAACAGGGCAACGGCCAUGGAAAUGGAAGUUCAGGAAUUAAAGCAGCUGAACAGUGCUCUGAAAGCAGAGAAAACAUCUCUAACAGAGAGCAAUAGACACUUGCAGGAAACUUCAGAAAGUGCAAAGGCUAAAAUAGCCAGAUUAAAGGAGACCAUUUCUGAAAUGCAAGAUAAGCAUCAAAAGCAGACAGAAAACCUUAGGCAGAGUAUGGCUGACAGAAAUGUCAAACAAGAAGCAGAAAUGUUGGACCGUAAUGAAAAAUACAUUAAGACAAAUGCUACUCUGAAGACCUUAGAAGUGUCCCUGACAGCAGCAAAUGAAACCAAGGAGCUCUAUCUUCACAAUAACAGACAAUUGGAAAAGACCAUAGACUCCUUAAAAACCCAGCUACAUGAAGAGAUCACCUUGAGAAAGUUGUCUGAGCAAAAGAUUGAUACUUAUAAAACGCAGCUUGAGGAGGUUAAGAAGAGGAAGGUUACAGAUGACCAGAUAACCAUUGACCUGCAACAGAAGUUGAAUGAGACAGAAAGGGCAUUCAAUAUAGAGCAUGAGAAACUUCAAAAAUGUCGAGAUGAUCUCAGCAAUAUGGAGACCACUGCACAUGCUCAUGAAUCUAAAGCGCAGUCACUGCUUGACCAGUUUAACACAUUGAAGGCAGACUACAGUACUCUGAGGCAACAGUAUGACAGUCUGAAGUACAGUUUAAGUGGUAAACAUAAGAAAACAACCUUGGAACUAAAGCAGCAAUUAGACCAUUUCAUGAGUGAAAAAAAUAAAUUGAGCCUUCAAGUGCAAAACCUCACAGCAGACCUUGAACAGGCUAGAGACUUGGUGGCAGUUAAAAACAAAGAAAACUUGAAGAUGCAUGAGGAACAUCUCAGUCUCCAGGAAAAGUUAAGUGAGGCUAAGAGUCAGCUGAGGGAGCUGCAGGACCAGGUGCUAGUGGAAGCUGACCUCAGGAAAAAGCUGGACAAAAGGAACAAUGACUUGGAGGAUGAUCUUAUGAAACUACAACUUGUUGUUGGAAAGUUAGAUCAAGAUGGUGAAGAUACCAAAGACAGCAAAACUGAUGACAAUAUUAAGGCAGAAAUUAUCAGAAUGCUGCAAGAGCUUAGCUUACAGCUGCACCUCCAACAAGAAACUAGAGGCCAUAACAGUGACAAUGCAAAAGAAAUGCAGCUGCUAGAAAUGUACAAGAACAAGAUUGAUGGUUUUGAAAUGGAGCUGUCUAGUGAGAGAGCCAUGCACUCCCUUACCAAGACACAGCUCCGCUCUCUGGAGGAAGACAAUCAGAGACUUAGGAUUCAGAUGGCACAAAUCAAAAAGAUGAGGAAUACCCAUACUGACAAAUCAAAUAAAACUCACCUUGAAGAAAUCAACGACAUCAUUGCAAGGUCACAAACAAGAGCCAAAGCGAUGUUUCCAACAGGAGAAUUUAAUCUCAGUAUGACGGGCAUAGAUGGAGAAAAUGCAGCAAUGGCUGGCACUCUUCAGGGAUUGGAUUAUUCGCUAAAAAUGAAUGAAUUUGACAGGAUUCUGAGCCCCUUAAACAGUGGUGUGAUGGUGGAAACAUCACCAGGCAACAUGUAUGAAUGAAAUAAGACUUGACAUGAGACUCAUUCGAUAAAUACUUAAUACUUGCAAGACUGUACUCCAGCAGGUGCCCAAUAAUGGCUGACUUUUCCCUUGAAUUGCAUCCAUUUCACACUCAUUACUCAUUCCAGACACUUAAAAUAUGCAUUACAUACAUCCUCACUCAUUUUGUCAUCUUUUUAAUGGUUCAAAAUUUAUUCAUAU